AUGGCAGCACUUGAAGCUUCACCAGAGUUUCGGGGGUCUCAUCCCACAGCAUCGACGCUGGAACAGAUCUCUUUGGAUGCGCCCCUCUUACACAACCUUGUGACAAACUUCCCCAAUCUGUUGGUAUACACGAUCUCGGCCGAAAAGUACGAGAAUGUUCGAACUUUCUUCAACGCGAACAUGACCCAACUGCCUUUGGCGAUCGUCCGCCCGAGAACCGAUGCCGAGGUCGUGGCCAUCGUCCAAGAGCUGAAAGCUCAAGACAUCCCAUUUGGCCUCAGAAGUGGUGGGCACGACUUGAUAUUCGGGCAGGCUCAAGGCAAAGAUGGUGUUAUCGUGGACUUGAGAGGCCUCGACAGCAUUUUCAUCGCCGAAGACAGACAGUCCGUCCGCGUUGGCGGCGGCAUCAUGGGCAUCAAGCUCUCGCGCUUUUUGCAGCAGCACAAGCUCCUCACCCCCCACGGCUUGUGUCCGACUGUCAGCAUCGCUGGCUGGGCUAUGGGCGGAGGGUACGGCUACAUGAAUGCCUACCACGGGCUAGGUGCGGACCAAAUUCUCGGUGCGCGUGUGGUUCUCGCAAAUGGCAGCAUUGUCGACACGAAAGACCAUCCCGAUCUGCUCUGGGCUCUUUGCGGCGCUGGAAAUGGCAACUUUGGAGUCAUCGGCGAAGUGUUGAAGAAAUUCGGCGAAUUUGAGAAGGAUCUGCCGAUCAACUUCACUGGCGAAGCUACCCACAUGGCUCUCCCCGGCGUUGGUCCCGUAUUUGCCUGGCUGUUUGCCUGGACGUCAGCAAACGAUGAUCUGGAAGAGGGUUGGGCGUUCUUCGAAACGAUGAAGGCGCUCGGCACGCCAGUUCUCAACACAGUGGCAGAAGGUAUGCACACCAAACUCUCACUGUUCAAAAGGCAAGAACUUGCUAGACCUGCAGUCGACGACUUCACGUUCUUCAACGCCAUGCCCUCGCCAACCAAUGUCCGCUGGUAUCCUCGGCUUAGGAUGUUUGAAUGCUUCACCCCGGGAAUAGCCAGUGCGUUUGGCAAUAACUCGCCGCCAGGGGCAACUUCUGCUACAGUUAUUCAUGCCGCUCACGGUCGAGCGAUCGAGGCGAAUCCAGCAGCUUGCUAUCCUCUGCGUAAGAGGCAUCGUAUAGCGACUCCUUUAGGUGCUGUCAUAGACACUACUUCACAGGCAGUGGAAUAUGAAGAGUACAAAAAAUGGGCGGAUGAUUUGGUGGAUGCCCUCUCGGAGCAAGGCGGCAAGCUUCCAUACGGGAAUCGCAACCUGGGCCCCGAGAAAGACAUGGACUGGGUGGCCACUUACGGCGAGGAGACUCUAUCAAGGCUCAGGGAGAUCAAAAAGAAAUUUGAUCCACAGAAUGUCUUCAAAACGGGUUAUCUAAGGCUGAACGUACAUGUUAGUUAA